AUGGUUACACCAAACGUUAUUGUGUCGCCAGAUAAGUUUAAACUUGUCUUUGGUGUAAACGAGGACUGUACGCUAGAGCUGACAAACGUUGGAUAUGAUGCCAUUAUUUAUCGGUUACAAACCGUAGCACCGGAUCACUAUGUGGUAAAGCACGCCAAAGGUGUGGUUCGUGGGAACUCCGCGACGAAGAUUAUUAUUACUCUCAACCAGCGCAGGAUUCAGGAAUACGACAAAAGUAUGACUGCUGCCAAAAUCUUCAAGGAUGAUUUCCUUCUGGAAUGCGCCCUUUUAGGCGAAAACGACGUCAUCGAACCACGAUAUGCAAACGUAUCCCAACUCAUCAAGGAUAAGAAGACAGAGAAUCCAGGCUCCGUUCUCCGAAAGAUAUUACGCUCCCAAAUAUUCCUUGAUACAAGCGCAGCCGCCACAACCACGCCCGACCCGAUCAACUCUGCAGCGGUGGAAAGCAACCAGGCCGUGAGGACCCCUGUCUCCCAUCCUCAGGACACUCCUGCCAGCGCCAGUUCUCCUGUCAGACGCAAGGCAGAUACAAAGAACGACGAAAACCCGCCGUUGGCCCCAAAAGAAGCCCAGAAGAAGAAACCGGGCGUGGUGGAGACCGCAUUGGCAACUAAGGCUCGCCCUAAAGCCGGCUCACGGCUUAACACGCUGCUCAUUCUGGGUUCGUUGAUUGUAGCAGUGGUGGUUUGGAUGCUGAUGGAGUAG